AUGUCCACCACACAGUCGACACCUACAUCGCCAACGAUCCAACGUGUGAAGUCAGUCCCUAGAGUGCUCUCGUCUCCGCUGCGACCAACGUCGCCCCAAAGUUCUUCAACCGUAAUUCCGUCCAAUUCUCGUCGACCCUCACUUGGCGUCGGACAAACGACCCAUACAAAAACACCCGCAGGGCCUCUUGCAAAGUCUCGCGCUAGAGAUCUCUUGAGGAAGCACUAUGGCCUCGGAGUAGGUCCACCGCCACCUCUACCCGGGAGAUCAGACGACCCCAUGGAUUUAGAUUCAGCAGCCUUUGACGCAAAAUCAUACUAUGAACAACUUAUAACUGCAUCGUCUCUUUCGGCUCUGCUGAAGCGAGAGAAUGACCUACUGACAGAAAUACGACAACUUGAUGGUGAUAGGCAGUCUCUGGUCUACAACCACCAUCAUGAGCUGAUUGCAGCUAGUGAUACUAUAGCUGCGAUGAAGACACGGGCGGAGGGCUUGGACGUUGACCUUGACCUACUCAAGGCAGCGUUCUCAGAGAUAUCUCGCCUGGGUGCCAAAGUUUCCGUUGAGGAACAGCCCGCAGAUGGCAGCUCUCAUUUAUGA